GGUCAACCUGAGCUCUUCAGUAGACGUUGGCGACCAUGGCGAGCGUGGCGGAGAUCAAGCAACUGGAGGCCAAGAUCAAAGAGGAUGUCAAGCAGAUCAAUGAGCUCCCCAAGGUGGUGAAGGCGCUGCAACAGAGUGAUAAGGCUGUGGCACAGGCGGCCAUGCAGACCAUGCGACGUGUGCUUCUUUAUUUCCUUGAGAAGGGUGACCUCAAGCCUAAGCCUACAGAACAGGAGGCAGCCAAGAAGGCAAAGGGCUCAGACACUCAGGCUAUCGAUAAAUUCCGUUGCUGGCUCUGGGAUGUCUACGUGAAUUUCAUCAAGGAGAUGCUGCAAUGGCUAGGUGACGCAGAGGCGGACAGCAACCUGCGUGUUGGCGCGUUACGCACACUCAUGGAGUUUGUAUCUCGCGAGGGAGAAAUUCGCGGUGGAAACGCACCCGCUUUCGGCAAUGAAACCUUCACACGCGUCGUACAGGAACUGGCGAAAACAGAGAAGCUCAAGGGAGAGCUGGCCAGUGUGUUCAAGGGCGAAUACGUCGGCGCAUACAUGGACGUCCAGUACUAUAUGCUGAAGAACCUGGCACAAGUUCUGGACAAUGCAGACGACAUGGAGAAGGACUUGACGUUGGUUGCCAACGCGCUGCGUUUGCUGGGAAUGGUGCAGAUGCCGUAUGACGCAGAAGAGAUCACGUCGUUCCUUGUAGAACCCAAAGACUCGAGCUUACCGGAGCAGGAAUUGGUGAGCAGUGACGAGGAGAGCGAUGACGAGGAGGAAGAGAAGAAGACGAGAGGUCUCCGUAGUGUGAAGCAGCACCAGCACGCUUUCAGUCUGGCGUGGAUUGCUGUACUGCGUCACAAGUUGCCUCAGGCUUCGUACAAGAAGGUGCUGGUGCAGCUCCCCGACGACAUCAUGCCGCACCUUGUAAACCCGCUGCUAAUUGCCGACUUCCUCACUGACUCGUACAGCAUCGGUGGCGUCACUAGUCUACUGGCACUUAACAGUCUGUUCAUCCUCAUCCAGGACUACAAUUUCGACUCGCCAGACUUCUACAACAAGCUGUACGCUCUUCUGGACGAUCCAUCGCUGUAUUCCGCCAAGCAACGCGACCGCUUCUUCGGCCUGUUGAACCUCUUCCUGUCCUCAACCCACUUACCGGCGUACACGGUCGCAGCUUUCGCCAAGCGGUUGUCGCGCAGGGCGUUGACAGCUGAGCCUGGCGCUAUUCUGUUCAUUAUCCCGAUGGUGUACAACUUGAUUCUACGUCACAAGGAAUGCCUGCAGCUUAUCCAUCGAACCGGUGCUUUCACUGCAGCAGAGAAGGCUGCUAAGCGUCGAGAGGAAUUGUCAAGUGGGUCAGCUGUCGAUGCUGCAGCCAAGAAAUUGUCCAACGAGAAGACGGAGAUGGUGCUGAAGGACGGCCACGACCCGUUUAUUAACGACGAGCUGGACCCGAUCAAGUGCAACGCGCUGCAAAGUUCUCUUUGGGAACUGUACACCAUGAAGCACCACUACAAUGCUGAUGUUGCGUUGAAAGCGAGGAUGUUCGAGGAGAAGCUGCGUCACCAGUUUGUGGACGUGGACGAGAGCAUGGAGAUCACGUACAAGAGUCUUUUCGACAAGCAGUUGAAGCGGAAGGAGAAGGGCAAGGUUCCUCUCGCCUUCCAGCCUUGCAACGCACUCUUCUCGACUGGUAGCGACGCUGAAGACAAGCAAGAGAGCAACGUGUUUGCCAAGGUGUUCGAGCUUUAG